UAUGGAUUAACAAGAUUAUCACAAAAUAGAUCCAACUAUCAUAGAAGACCCAAUGUUGGAUGAUGGAUAUACUAGGUAUACAAUUUAGUUUUAUAAUUAAUUUAGAAAAUUUGGUGCAUACAAACCUAAAUUUCAUGGAACUACUCCAGGUUAUUACCCUUUUGAAUGCAUUGAUUACUUUUAUGUUGUGUUGAUGACAUUAUUUACAUGGGGAAUUUGUUUGCCUAUUUGGUAUGGAUUAAUUGAAGCUGGUAUGUACUUUAUAUCUAAAAAUAGCUAAGGCAAAUUCAAAAUAAUAUGCAAUUGUUUGUGCAGUUGUCUUUGUAGGAUUCUAUGUUAUCUAAGCCUUAGCUACAUAUUAUGGUGGUAGAAUGAAGAAAGUGAUUGAAAAUCAAAUGAUUGAGGAUAAAUUAAAAGAGAUGUAACAGAAAGAACUUGAGAAGUAAAAACUUCUAGCUGCAAUUUGAUU